AUGUCUUUUCAAGACAAAAUAGAUCUUCUGCUCGUACAAUCACGCAAGAAUUCCCUUGGUUUUUCCCUUGUUCACCAGUACAUUCAACAUUUCAACGAGAAAGCUGGCAACAAGUCAGCUGCAAUCCGGAGAAGAUCGAAAAUUCCUGGGGUGAUCAUCACACAAUAUACAUUGAACAUACCAGAGGGGAAGAGCGUCCCAGAUUUCAAACGUAAAGUAAACCAAGUAAAUGUCCAAGAAGGGAAAUUGGGUGUUUUUAAGGCUUUGGUAACAGCAGAGCCCAAACCUCAAGUGACAUGGAAGCGAGUAAGAGGCAGCAUUUCGGACAAGCAAAAAUAUCAGACUAAAUACGACGACUCAACUGGGGAGUAUAUACUGGAGGUCCGGGCAGUAACGGGUGAAGAUGAAGACACGUACAAAUGCAUUGCUGUGAAUGACUACGGAAAAGCUAUUUGCUCUACAACACUAAAUGUAACAGACCAUGUAACCGAUCCAUCGGAUUUCAGAAAAAUGCUGAGAAAGACGAAUUCAAACAUUUUCGAAGAAAACCAGACAGAGAAAACCAAAGAAAGAGAUGAAAGAUACCGAGACACUCUGCAGAGGGACUACGACGGAUUAGGGACAACAGACAUGCAUUUGAUGCACUUGAAAAUGGAGGAGAGGCAACGAGCGCUAAAAUACCAGAAGGGAAUGAGUCCUCCUGAUGAAGAAAUUCUAAUGAAAAAUGGACUUAUAAAUGGUGGAAACGCAACUGAUGCUGAAAACCUCACAAUUCCUAAUCUGGACUUUGUUGUCAAACUUCAAGAGGCAAUAACAGAAGAAAAAGACACUGCAUUGUUUGAAUGUGUGCUGACCCACCCACUGCCUGAGAUUACAUGGAUGAGCAAAGGCAAUGUGCUAGAAGAUGGUGAAAAAUAUAAAAUAACUGUGUCAGAUCACAAAAUGAUCCACAGGUUGCAGAUUCAGAACUGCUCAGAUGAAGACAAAGGUGACUACUCAGCAGUGGCUGGAAAUGCCUCAUGCACAGCUCCAUUAGAUGUAGAAGCUGACCUCAAAGCAGCAGGUAAGAAGAAAACUGAAGGAGCAGGGAUAGACCUUGAGGAGGUGGUCAGACAGCAGCAAAAGAAAAACCAAGAAGAAAUGGAGAUGAUUUUGGAAGCUGUGAAAGCAAAACAUGACGCCGGGGAACUGACGGAGCAGAAAACAUUAACCACUUAUGGAGAAGAUGGUGAAAUCAUUUCCCUGACUGGACCCGUCCAAUACAGUGGAAGUGACGUACACGAUGCUAACGAUAACAGCAACAUUAUCACUUCAAUGCUCAACGUACUUUCACCAUCAACAGGGGAAAAAUCAGAUGUAACAGAGGACAGUGAUGCUGGAAACCAGAUGGAAGAAGAGACGGCUAAUGCAGGACAAGAUGACAGCUUAUUUAAUGAAGACAGCGAGAAUGAAGAAGUGACUGGGUUUGCUACACAACCGAGGCGUAAAAGAAUUGGUCCGCUGAUCGAAGACAAAGUCAUUGAUCCAGGGGUUCAGUUCAUCUGGGGAUUGUCUGACAUCAAUGCCAUUAUCGGUGAGAAUGCAGAGCUAACUUGUAAGCUCAGCAAGGAAGACUGCGAGGGAGUCUGGUUCCGAGAUGGUGUGCAGAUCAUCACUGAUGACACAUUUAUUAUAUCUAAAGAAGGUGCAAUUCAUAAACUGUUCAUAAUGAAAUGCCAAGAGGAGUACUCUGGGAAAUAUCGUUUUGAGGCAGACAACCGUAAGACAGAGGCGACGGUCAACGUUAAAGAUCCUCCAAGGUUUGACCCAGAAGACCUCAGUGCAUUCACAGAGCCCUUGAGAAUUAAAGUAGGGCACAAUGCAGUCUUUAAAUUAAAUUUUCUCGGCUUCGAGCCCAUUAAGAUCCAAUGGUACAGAGAGGGAGAGGAGCUUCACGAUGACGCCAGCAGCACCAGGAUAGAAAAAGCGACCAAUCACAGCCGCCUGCUGUUGAGCAGAUGCCAGAGGAGGGACUCAGGAGAGAUCAAGAUUAAGCUAAAAAAUGAGCAUGGCACCACUGAGGCAAUAACACAGCUCAUUGUGCUUGACAAACCCACUACCCCACUAGGUCCCGCAGAGAUAACACUUAGUUCAGCAACUUGCAUUGAAUUUAAAUGGAGGCCUCCUAAGGACGACGGUGGUUCACCUGUCAUCAACUACAUCAUGGAGCGGCAACAGAUUGGAAGAAAUACUUGGAAGAAAAUAGGGGAGAUUCCGGGUGUGCCUUUCUACCGCGACACAGAUGUGGACCGUGGGCGCAAGUACUGCUACAGAAUCCGAGCUUUAACCUCAGAGGGUGUGAGUGAAGUGAUGGAGACUGAAGACCUGCAAGCUGGCAUACUUGCCUUCCCUAGUGCCCCGGCACCUCCUAAGGUUGUCAGUGCCUUUGACGACUGCAUUAACCUUACUUGGACUGCACCAAGUAAUACAGGAGGCUCACAAAUUCUUGGCUAUAUUGUUGAGAAACGCAAAAAAGGAAGUAAUCUCUGGACCGUGGUCAAUGCUUCAAAUGAGCCAAUAAAAGAAAAGAAAUGUUCCGUGAAGGAUGUUGUGACAGGUAUGGAAUACGAAUUCAGAGUUUUGGCUGUGAACCUUUCAGGACCUGGGGAAUUUAGCAACCCAUGUGACUUUGUUUUCGCACGAGAUCCCAAAAAACCCCCUGGUAAAGUUAUUGGCUUAAAAGUAGCAGAAACAUCUUACAACCACUUUGUCUUGACCUGGACCAAACCUCAGGAUAAACCUGACAUACAGGAUGAAGCUAAAGGAUAUUUUGUUGAGAUAAGGAAUGCGCAGUGCCUAGAAUGGUCACGAAUUUUCACCAUCACCACCACUUACACGGCUAAAGGCCUGAGGGCGAUGGAUAUGUACUGGGUCAGAGUGAUUGCAACCAAUGAUGGAGGAGAAGGCGAAAUAGAGGAGCUACCAAACUAUGUUCUUGCGAUGCCACCUCUAGUGAGACCAAAAUUCACAAACAAAAAGAUGAAAACAUUCAUGGUGGUGAGGGCAGGAAACUCUGUCAGGGUAACCAUAAACUUUGAGGCUUCCCCACCACCGGAUAUCAUGUGGCUCAAGGACAAUGGGCCUGUACCGAAGCGAGUCACUGUUAGCAACUCAGACGGCGCUUCACAGAUGUUGAUCCCUUUGUCUGAGCGCUCUGAUUCUGGUAUUUACUCUAUUUUGGUGAAAAAUUUGGCUGGACAAGAGACCUUCAGUACGGAAGUCAGGGUCACAGAUGAUCCUAAGCCUCCUGGACCUGUGGAAAUAGAGGAGAACGUGCCUGGCACAGUGCAAGUGACUUGGCAACCUUCUCCCGAUGAGAAGCUUGAUGACAGGCUACAUUACACAAUUUCCAAACUGGACUCGACCAAACAUACAUGGACCACAGUGGCCGACAGACUCUUCAAUAACAAGUUCACUGUCUGCAAUAUCAUGCACGGGAGGGAGUACCAUUUCCGGGUCUAUGCCAAGAAUGACAUGGGUGUGUCGGCACCCUCCGAGUCAGCCACCUGGGCGGUGGGGAAAAAGAAAGAAAAGCUUUCACUGAUCCUACCGAACAGAGAAGAACCAGACCUGCGAUGUGCUCCGGAUUUCAUUGUACCUUUGAAGCUACAUGCAGCACCAAAAGGCUACGAAUGCUACAUGAGCUGCGCUGUGACAGGAAACCCCAAACCUCGUAUCACGUGGUACCGAAAUCACGUCUGCCUGAACACCGACACCAACUAUUACAUCUCCAACACCUGUGGAGUUUGCUCUAUGCUGAUUCUCAGUGUUGGCCCUAAAGAUGUGGGAAAGUACACAGUCACAGCAGAGAACACCGUGGGUCGAUCCGAAUGUUCCACUAUGCUAAGUGUCAGAGUCGGCGGUGCCACUUCAGCAUGGUUCUGCUACCAGCAGCACCAAACUUUGACCCAAUUGACAGACACUGUUACAGGCCUGCAGAUGAAGGUGGUUAAACUCCAGGCGUCUCAGGAGACCAUGCGACAGACGAGUGAUAAGCCAAGGGCUAGCCUCACGUCGGGACACCAUCCGGAGUCCAACAGCCAGACCGAGCGCCUCAACCAACAGUUGGAGACCGGCCUCCGGUGGUUGGGUAUCCCUGAACCCAUCCACAUGGAGCAACCACCUGGUAUGUCACCCUUCAAGUGCAUCCAUGGCUACGAUCCGCCUUUGUCGCGUCUGCCCAUGCCUUGGUCCACCGUAGCUGACACAUCUGGGAAGCAGCUCGCCAAGUCCUCAUCCGUCAAGGAGAUCGAGUCAAGAAGGCUGCAGACUGACGCCCAGCACCCGCCUAUCAGGCGAGACAGAGCGGUGCGCCUACGUCUUCCACGCUUCCUGAGGGUCCACCCCACUUUCCAUGUCAGCCAAGUCAAGCCUGUGGUGGAGAGCUCCAUGGUGCCUACGCCACCCUCUCCACCUCCUCUGGACAUCGACGGCGGCCCUGCCUAUAAAGUCAAGAGACUUUUGGCGGUGCACAUUUCAAGUGAUGUAGAAAGUCGCCUCAAUGCUCUAGAAGCGUCUUAUACUUCGGCCCACAAACAGGUCGAUGAGGCCUUUGCUACAGCAUUACAGCUCAAAACAUUGGACCUCCCUGCACAGUUGCUAUCACUCCACACAGAGAUGAAAUCCCGCCUGGCUGAGAUCCAGCAGACUACUGUUUCUGCAGAGCAGAUAAACCAGCUGGAGGCAAGGCUUCAGGGGAAGGCAGAAGAGCUUGAGGGGGUCGGGCUCCUGGUGGAGCGCCUCACUGCUUCGGGCGCCAAUUUAUCUAAGGAGGUUCAAACCGUAAUGGAGCGCCUGGAAGAAGUAGAAUCCAUUCUGGGUGAUGCUGCGACUCUGAAGGAGCAGACUGCACAGCUGAUAGGCCUGGAGGUCCAGCUGAAGUCGUACCAGAGCGAGAUGGCAACUGUCAGAGAAACGUUGCUGAAAGAACAAUCCGAGGAGUUCAAGCAGGCUGAUGUAGAAGAACAGAUCAGUGCACUUCAAAUGAGUGUCCAGGAGCAGAACUCAGUCAGCCAUAGCCUUCACGCUCAACUCAAAGCUCAACUGGACAACCUGCAAUUGCAGGUUACGCAGCUGAUAGGAGAUGUUGAGGAUGCAUCAGCACCCAUGCAGCAAGCAGAAGGAAAGCCAGCUCCUAUUGUCGAGGAAGAGGUUGCCGUUUCAGACAAGGAAUUAGCAGAAAAGUCGGACUCAUCUCAACCACUAGAGGAAAAAUCUGAUGAAGAGGCUUACACUGAGCAGACAGAAACACUGUCCUCUCCAGAAACUGUGGAAACCCAUGCUAAGCUCUCAGAAGGGGAGGAGCCAGAUCUGGGAAAGAUUUUUAGUGACGAAGAGUUUUUGGGGGAGUUACUGCAAGAUGAGGGCGAUGCCAAACCAGAGGAAGAGUAUUUUGAUGAUAAUGAGAGAAUAAUGGCUGCUGAGCAAGGCGAAUUGGAAGAAUCAGAGAUUGGCAAUGAAGGAGAACACUAA